CUUCAUGACAUCCAACGGGACUGCUUCUGUUGCGCACACGGAAAGAGUCGCGAUCGUCAAAUACAUGAUCCGCCUAAUCCCCCAGCCCUCCUCAACCCACAGGACUGUCAGAUAAUAACGCGUUAAAGUGGAAUCGACAGGCCUUAAGGACGCGAACAGGAAUAUAACCUUACUUUUGUGAGUAAUUGAUUGGGAUUUGUCGAGGAUGAGGUUCAUCAAGAGCCCGCACGCGGAUGGAGAAAAGAAGCACGAGCUGGCUCCUCCUUUCAAAAACCCGUUCGUGCAUGACUUAAGAUUCACAACACUUCAAAAGCUGCAGAUUGGUUUGAUGACUGUUACGCUAUGUCCCAUCCGGCUCUUGCUAGCUGCAUUCAUGAUGCUAUUGGCCUGGCCGUUCGCCUUCAUCGCUACCGUGGGUCGCUCCGAGUCUGCGGUGGAGCCACAAUGCUUAUGGAGAAAGGUAGUGGACGUGGUGUUGAGGACCAUCAUGCGGGUCAUGUGGUUUGCAGGUGGAUUUCACUGGAUCAGCAUUAAAGGCAGACAGGCUCUGCCAGCAGAGGCUCCCAUUCUCACCCUCGCCCCACAUUCAUCAUAUUUUGACGCCAUGCCCGUCACCAUGACAAUGGCAUCCAUAGUAAUGAAAGCUGAAAGCAAAGACAUUCCUGUCUGGGGAACUCUGAUCAAAUACAUCCGACCAGUGUUUGUGUCCCGAUCGGACCAGGACUCCCGAAGGAAGACUGUGGAGGAGAUCAAGAGAAGGGCUCAUUCGGGAGGAGAGUGGCCUCAGAUAAUGAUAUUCCCAGAGGGGACAUGCACCAAUAGAUCCUGCCUGAUCACAUUUAAACCAGGCGCAUUCAUUCCAGCAGUACCAGUACAACCUGUAGUGAUCCGCUACCCAAACCAGCUGGACACUAUCACUUGGACAUGGCAAGGGCCUGGCGCAUUUAAGAUCCUCUGGUUGACACUGUGCCAACUUCAUAAUGAGUUUGAGAUAGAGUAUCUGCCCAUCUACACACCCUCAGAGGAGGAGAAGAAGAAUCCUGCGCUUUUCGCUCACAAUGUGCGACGCCUAAUGGCCAAGGCUCUGAAGGUUCCUGUGACAGACUACUCAUUUGAAGACUGUCAGUUAACCAUGGCUGAGGGUCAGAUCAGGCUACCUGUUGACACGUGUUUACUUGAGUUUGCCAAGCUGGUCCGGAGUCUCGGAUUGAAACGUCAGAACUCGGAGAAGGUCCUGCAGGAAUACGGGACGAGAGCUCGUAAACUUCAAGGCGAAAGGUUGAGUCUGGAUGAGUUUGCCCAAUUCCUGGACCUACCUGUGUCAGAUGUGGUCCGAGAUAUGUUCACUCUCUUUGAUGAGAAUGAAGAUGGCUCGGUGGACAUCAGAGAAUUUGUGAUUGCUUUCUCUGUGGUGUGUAGGCCUGCAAAAACACUGGAAACCAUGAAGCUGGCCUUCAAGAUGUUUGAGGCAGAAGAGGACGGGGCGAUCACAGAGAAUGAGCUGAUGUGUAUCUUGAGGACGGCUCUGGGGGUUGGAGAACUCAAAGUCGGACGACUGUUUAGAGCCAUUGAUGAAGAGGAUUCUGGCAAACUCACCUUUGAGAGCUUUAGGAACUUUGCGGAGCAGCAUCCAGACUUCGCUGAGAAUUACCUCUACUCGGACAACACCGGAUUCUGGGGCGUCUUUUCUUCCCACGUCUCCACUCCCGUGUCCAACGGUUUCUGUGCUGAUUUCACCCCGAGCGUCCACCACGCGUCUCAAAAGAAACUCGACUGAGCUCCUUCCUCGAUCUUCAAGUCACUCUCCAGAGGAAAAGAGGAGGUUCAGGCAGUCACGUUAUUGCAAAGUUUACUUCCGGGUAUCCGUAACAUUUUUGUCAUUAUUUUACACUUGCUGUUUUUUCUUCUCAGCGUUUCAGCUCUGUCGUUUUGGGAUCAGGAAUGUUUAUUUUUUAAGAACGGAUUGAAGGGAUUUUUUUACGUAAAUCCUUAAAGGCCAAGCACUUAUUUCGUUUUUCAUUUUCUCAUUACUUCGAGUGAUACUGACUGUGCAUGUUUUUAAAAUAUGGGGUGAAAGUGUCUCAAACAAAUGAAAGGUUUUGAUUGGUAAGGAACUCGUUUGGUGCUUUCUCGCCCUCUUUUUCUCUCUCUCCCCAUCACUGCCCACAUUUUCUCAAUGCUUUGUGACUGUAGAUGCCUUUAUAACAAUAUGAAAGUGUUUGCAUGGGCUCGAUGCUAGACAACAGUAUUACUCAGUAUUUGACUAAAUGAUCUUUGAGCACCAGUGACAAAUAUCUGACUCUGCUUGCUUCUGUAUAAGAGUAUCAGAUUUGAGGUGCAAGGGUCCCACUAAGUGCUGGUCUGAAUCAAAAUGAGCCAGUUUAAUGUCUCUCUAUUCUGUUUUCUUUAGCUCAGGGGUGCGGGAAAGUGGCUAUGUUGUUUUCAUUUCUUUUUCUUAUGUGAGGUUUAUCGUACCACAACCAGUUUAAUUCACAAUCGAGUGUCAGUCGGCUGUCCCCCUUUUUUAUUUUAUUAUCAUUUUCUUCAGGUACCAAAAUGAACAGAUCAAGUUGCUAAAAAACGACAUUAACCAAAUCCAUAAUGACUGUGGUAGUUAGUUUUAAGAAUCAGGUAUCAGAGUUUUACUACGUAAUAAAAUGUGCUUUUUAUAAAUAUUCCCAUUUUUCUGUAUUUUCCUUUUAUUUCACUUACAAUGGCCGAUUGAACAUUCAAAACGAGUAGAAUAAUUUUGCUUUGAAUCAUGUAAUUUUUAUUGUGUGCUUAACAAUUUCCCCUGCAUUUUAAGUAAUGCAAUUUAUAAGUUUUAUGUUUAUUUUAAGUUUUGAGUCCUUUAUACGAACAAUAAAGUGCCACAGAGAUGUCGUAUUUUGUAAGCCGACCCGGGAGUUAGCGGGACACUGGUUCCCCUGCCAAAAAGCCCAUUAAUUUUUCCUUUUUUUUUCACUUUUGGAUUUUCCAAAAAAAAAGGUUUAUAACACAUACAUAUUUUGUCCAACCAGAUAAUCUGCACAGAUGAACACAACUUUUAUGAAUUUUAAGUGUUUAUUAAUAAAAAGCUAACCGUAGGCUAUUAUUUUUAUUAUUAUUUUUUGUGUGUGGUAAAAGUUAAUUUUGGUGUAUUGAUUACUAUUAGCAAAACCAUGGUUUUACUACAGGAACCAUUUUUUUUUACUAUAGUAAAACCAUGGUAAAUUUUUGUAAGGGGUGAUCUACACCAGUGGUUCUCAAACUUUUUCCGCGUGCAGCCCCCCUGCAUUCUUUCGCGGCCCCCCCAAAGAAAAUUUAUGACAAAAACGGUUCUAAAAUGUAACAUUUUAAUUAAACAAAACAUAUUAAGUUAUACAAAGUAGUGCUGUUGGUUAGUAGCCUUAUUUUUUUAGGUUUAAUUACACAGAGUUCAUGAAUGUAUUUUAUAAAAUGUCAUAAAACUGGGGCCCCCCUGGCACCAUCUCGCGGCUCCCCUGGGGGCCCCGGACCCCAGUUUGAGAACCACUGAUCUACACCAUGGUCUCUCCACAUUAGCGUCAUCACCACCUAGUUUUUGACAGCUCUUUCAAACUUUAUUAAACACAUUUAAUAAAUGUAUGCUGGGAUUUGUGCACAUGUUGCUUUUGUAUUUUGGAUCUUCACACGGGAUGACGUUUAAAGCCUCCCGACAACGUCUGUAGUCCUAUAAAUCAUCAUGUUAGCCAUUUUAAACACACAUUAAAGCUUUAAAAAGUUACGAGUGAGGGUAUUACUGGUGCGUUUUAUGUCGUAGAAUAAAACGUUGAAAUCUUAUGUUAACCCAAAAUCUUAUUUACAUUUAGUCAUUUAGAUUUAGUCAUAUUUAAGGAGUUUAACCAAAACCCAUUACUUUGGGACGAUGGAACCAGAAGUACUAAAUGCUUACUCGCUCUUGGGUUUUGCUUACAAAAUGAAGACAUCCUGUGGCACUCUAUAAAAGUCCAAUUUGAUUUGUUUUUGACCUAGCCUAAAGAAUGUUGUUUUGUGUUUAAUGAACAAUUUAUUAUGUGGUUGCAUAAAAAAGCUGUAAGACUGUUACAUCAGUCAAAGAAUCUGUGUAUGUAUGUAUGUAAGUUAAGCAGCCCUUGGGUUCAAUUUUUUUAAAGCAUGAUAGCUGUUUUUUUAUUAUUAUGUGAAGAAGCCGAAUUGACAAUUUUAGUGCUGUUAUUAUCAUACAUUAGGUUUACCACAAUUUUGCAAAAGUUGUCAGUUCGUUUUGCUAAAAGAAGAAGUUUUGUUUCAACCCAAUGUAUGGUUGUAUAAGAUUAGCCCUUUUAUAGUAGAGAUUUUUUGUUUUGUUUUUGGAGAACAUCUUACAUUCCAAUCUCAAGCAUCGGGAGAAAAUCAAAUAUGGGCUGUCAAAUAUCUGAGAGCAAAAGUACUGAUCUAUGGUCAGCCUCAAUCUGUAAAAAUGUCACUAUCAUCUUAACUGAUCCUAGAUCUGAAUAUAUAAUCUGCACAAUCUGAUACAACCUCUACACUGUACAACCUGUGGAGAAAAAGUAUAAAACUGUACCUUAAUGGUUCCUUUAUGUACCUUUACAUGCAUACUAAACAUACAGUACACUGUUGGACCAUUUUGGGUACAUUAAUGCAGUGGUUCUCAAACUUUCUUAGCGUGCGGCCCCCCCUUGUGUACAGCGCAUUCCUUCGCGGCCCCCCAAAGAAAUUUUAUGACAAAAAACUGUUCUUAAACUCAACUUUUAGGUAAACAAAACAUAUUUCAUUAUCAUAUAUUAAAUGAUAGAAAGUAGUGCUGUUGGUUAGUAGCCUUAUUUCUUUAGGUUUAAUUGCACAGAAUUCAUGAUAAAUUAAUUUAUUUUAUAAAAAAAAUUCAUAAAACUGGGGCCCCCUGGCACCAUCUCGCGGCCCCCAGUUUGAGAACCACUGCAUUAAGUAUUAAGUAUGACCUAUUGUGUACCCUUUACAUUUAUCUGGUACACAACAGGUCCUUAAAGGGAUAGUUGACCCAAAAAUGUACCACCUCAUGUUGUUUCAAACCAGUAUAAAGAUACUGUGAGCAGUUUUUGUAACCAAAUCGUUUUCAGGCACCAUUGACCUCCAUAGUAUUUUUCUUUCCUACUAUUGAAGUAAAUGGUGCCCGAAGACAAUUUGGUUACAAAAAUUACUUACAGUAUCUUUAUACAGGUUAGAAACAACAUGAGGGAUUCCUGUUUAAUUACAAAUAUCUCUGUUUGUGUUCAUCAAAACAAAGAAAUUGAUACAGGUUUAUAAUAACUUGAGGGUGAGUAAAUAAUGACAGAAUUUUCAUUUUUGGCUGAAAAGAACACAAUGGGUCUUUAGGAUAUAAUAUUGUACCCAAAAAGGUAAAACAUUUGUUUUAUACUCAUAAAGGUACAAAAAGGAACCUUAAGGGUACAACCCCAGAGUCCAAAAAGGUCCAGUUUUGUACUUUCUUUCUCACAAUGUGUUUUCUAUUCAUAAAGUUAUGAAAUUAGUCAGACACAGUUUAGUACUAAAAUCCCCCUUACGUUUUCAGUAAAGCAAUGAUUUAUCUAUGUCACCAUCUCUGACUUGAAAUAAUUUAUAUUUCUGAUAUGUAUUUUGAAUGUUCCGAAUGCAGGGCACUUUGUGAAUUUUUAUAUACAUAUAAGAAUUGUUUUCACUGCCAUGAAAUGAUCUGUGAUCCGAAGUGUUAUUUACAUAUAACAAUGACUGAAUUGAUAGACUUGUAUCUUUAGCUUCACUUUGGAAUAUUAUAUUUUGUUAUUUUAUGCUGUUUUCCUUGAAAAUCAUUACUGUUACAAUCUCUUUUCUAUUCCCCUCACUUUCAUGAAUGUUAUUGUUGGCCUUGAAUUAGUCCUUCUUUUUUUUAGAUAAAGAGAAUGUAUUGACAAUCCAUCACAAUCAGUAGUACAAAUAUAAAUGCCGUGUCAUACUAAAGUAACAAUAUACUCGACUAUCUGCAUUUAUUUAUAUGACAGACCUUAAGGACACGGCUCAAACAGUGAGUUGUGAGUGAAGGACGCUUGAACCCGACGUACGUCUUUGUACAGAUGACGGUUCGAGUCGCUAACUCGCCAAACUGUUUUCAAUCCAGAUCUCAUGGGUUCCCCCACUUUUAUCCCAAUUUGAUGUUUAUGUAUUUGUGCUGGCACUUUAGAUUUGUAUGCUUUUUUCUGAAUAAUGUGAUACAGUAUGCUGGUUUGCAUGUUUAAGUGAUUGGUUAUGAUGUCAAUGUGGUCGAUACCCAUAUAGACCGCAUGGAGGUUUUAUUGUAAUGAACAGGACAGCUGAAGGGGAUUGUGGGUUUGCUCAGUGCUAUUUUAAUCCCUGACUGCACGAUCGUUCUCUGAUGUUUAGUAUGCACUAAACGUGUUAAAUGCUGAGAGCGUAUAUGUGGUGCUGGGGAAGUUUUUUGUUGUUGAACAGGUGCUUUUUGUUUUUAUCACAUUUAUUUAGCAAACCUUUCAUAUUAUGCUGAAGGUUUAGAUUAAAUGAGGCCGGCAGGAACCCUGAGCAGACCCCAGUCAACUUAGCUUACUACAUAUUUGGAAAAACAGUAAUUUAUGAUUUGUAUUUGAAUCAAAUUUCUAAAUGGAAUAAGGGUCCAGCUGUCUCUCCAUUGUAAACCCUUUUUUUACGUAUAGUUAAUUUUAAAUACCUCACAGGAAGACUUGUUCUACUCUGUUUUGUAAAGCUUUCCUAAACUUGAAAAUCUAAUUUAUUUUACUUUUUCCGCCUGUGACGAUGUUUCAAACUGAGCUGAAGAUGAAAGACCGAGCUGCUUUUUCAUGCGAUGAGUCUUUCUGAUGGCUCUUCUGUUACCCGUUUCGGCUAAUGUAGAUGUUGUAGGUUUGUUUUCUAUUUUAUCCCGAGUUUUAUUUUGUAUGUAUCCAAAGAGUCAUUUUUACAAGAUACCUGGACGUGUCUGUUUCGACUGCUAUGAAAUGUCUUGUCAUUCUGACUCUAAUAAAAAGGGACUCUUGACUACAUUCUUCUGGAUCUGAUUAUUUUUUUAACUCUGUCUCCCCCUAGAGGUUAAGAAAUGUGGUGAGCACGUUCAAGGUCAAAUCAUGUCAAUUUAUAAGAUCAUUAAAAAAAUUAUUUUAGAUUGUUGAAGGUGACAUUUUUUUAUUAAACUAUUAAAUGAUAUAUCCGGCUCUUAAGCAUUAUGUUACAUAUUAAAAUGUUUAAAUGUAUAUUUCAGUAAAUGUUCAAAUUAAUACUUAAAGGGAUAGUUUACCCAAAAAAUUUUAUUCUGUCAUUUUCUCAUCUGUAUGAAUUUCUUUUUCUGAUGAACACAAAAGAAGAUAUUUUGAUAAAUGAUGCUAUACUGUAAGGUGCCGGAACCAUUGACUUUCAUAGUAGGGAAAACAAAUAUUGUGAUAAAUGUUAAUGUAGAUAUUUUGAUAAAUGAUGGUAAGCGAACAGUUGAUAGUGUCCAUUGAAUUUCAUCAUAUUUGUUUUUCCUACCAUGAAAGUCAAUGGUUACAAUCAGCUGUGUGUUUACCAUCAUUUAUCAAAAUAUCUUCUUUUGUGUUUAUCAAAAAAAAUAAAAAACAACAUUAGGGUGAGAAAUGAUGUCAGAAUAUUCAUUUUUGGGUGAAUUAUCCCUUUAAUAAUCCAGAAAUAUAUGCUAAGUUAUGGUAUACACAAAGUCUGUUAUACAAGUAGUAUAUGCCUUAUUACUGUUUGUAUCAAUUUGUCUUUUUUGUACUAAAGUCUAUAUAUAAUGUGUCUCAUUCAAUAAACAAAUGUCUGUGUAAAAUCUGAAUGAAAA